UCUGCAGGACUGCGCCGGAUAACAAGCCAGGAAACACAAACCUGACCAAGUUAAAUGAAAAGAUCAGGGGUACGAACUGUUCUAGCGUCUACUUGGGGCUCCGGACUUAGGAGCAACAGGAGAGAGAGGGAGUUUUUCCAGAAGUCAACCAGCUCAAUUACCGAACCUUCUCAAAGAACACUCAGCCCCUCAAGACUUCAGGAGCGAGCCUGGUGUCUGCCCUCAGUCAAGAUGGCGGCCAAGGCGCCCGCGCGCCAGGGCGCACGCGCACCCCUUCGCACCAUCCUCCUCCGGUCCUGCCGAUCGCCACCCCUCCCACUCGCCAGCUGCAGCACUCUGCGCGUCCCCAGCCUCACCCCUCUCUGGCGGCCCCCUCCUGACCAGGCUCCCGAGCCCGGAAGUGGAUGUGGCCGCUUGGCAGAGAAGACGAGGGGGAGGGAGAAGUGCUUCCGGGGAAACGGGCCCCGGGUUGGUGUUUGUAAACUUGCCUCGGUCCCGGCGCGGGCAGCGGCGGCCGCGAGCUUGGCACCGGGUGCUUAGGGCCUGGAGGAGGCGCCGCGCGGCGGAGGAGACGGCGGGAGGCCGCGCCGGGCAGAUUUCCGGAGCAGACCUAGAGCUUCACCAAGAAAAUUCAACUGGGAAGCCAAGACUGAUAGACUCUCAUUUCUUCAGACAAUAGGCAGAAGCCACAGACCUCGGAUUUUUGCAACACCUUUUUUCCCUUUGGAGGACGCUAAAUUCUUUGAGAGGACAAAGGCAGUUCAUUAUGGCAACUGAACUGAAAGAAAAGGAAGGAGCCAUUACUGUGAUUUGGUGACAGUUCUUCAAACUACCGUGUCUUAAGGAAAGCUGGAUAAAGAACUUCUGAACUUUUGGGUUCAUUAAAUGAAAAAUCAGCAUGGCUCAGGUAAAAAGCUCUCGCGUCCUCCUUCAAGACCGCUCACUGGGAAGCCUGUUUGCAGUGUCACUCUUGAAUUCUGCCUUAGUCAACAGUGUUGACCAUCCCCAGUAAGCCGAGCUCUGUAUUAAGCACCAGGGGGAGAUCUAGAGGAAGGAAAGGAGACAGGCCUCCCUGCCUUCAGGGAGCUUCCAGUCAAAUGAAGGAGGCAAGUCUUCUGGCUUGUGAAGGCCUAGCGGGUGUGAGUUUGGUUCCCACUGCAGCCAGCAAGAAGAUGAUGCUAAGCCAGAUUGCCAGCAAGCAGGCGGAAAAUGGCGAGCGGGCAGGUAGCCCUGAUGUGCUGAGGUGCUCGAGUCAGGGCCACCGAAAAGACGCUGAUAAAUCCCGGAGCCGCAAAGACGAUGACAGCUUGGCUGAGUCCUCCCAUUCAAAAAAGACUGUUAAAAAGGUGGUGGUAGUGGAACAAAAUGGCUCUUUCCAAGUAAAGAUCCCAAAAAAUUUUAUUUGUGAGCACUGCUUUGGAGCUUUCAGGAGCAGUUACCACCUCAAGAGGCACAUCCUGAUCCACACUGGUGAGAAACCAUUUGAGUGUGAUGUAUGUGAUAUGCGUUUCAUCCAGAAGUACCAUCUUGAACGCCACAAGCGUGUGCAUAGUGGUGAGAAGCCUUACCAGUGUGAACGAUGUCAUCAGUGUUUUUCUCGGACAGACCGACUACUCAGACACAAGCGGAUGUGCCAAGGAUGCCAGUCUAAGACGUCUGAUGGGCAGUUUUCUCUAUAGGCACGGGGGCCCACCGAAGAGCACAUCCCUCUGCUCUGAUGGCCCUACCACCACUCCCUCUGAACCUGUCCCCCUUCCUAGAGGAGUGGCCCCAGGUGAGCAGACGAGACCAUCGGAGGACAGCGGCUCCAGAGCCUCAGCUCUGUAAAUAGUCUGAGACUGUACGACUCUUGGGAGUUUCGGCAGCAUUCCUGGGCAGGGAGCUGGUCCCAGGACCCUUACCUGAGGACUGAAAUGUUCCCACAAUCUUGGACUGGAACUUGCAGCUGAAAUGAAAAGGACUGAGGAGGGGAAUUUGUUUGUUCUGCUCUUGUUUUUGUUUAUCCAGAAGCGAUUACAGCAGGUAAACAGGGGACACAGAUAAUCUGGAGACGCAAAGUAAGGACUGUGGCUGGCCCAGCCAUUCUUGUUACCGUAGGCCUUCGGUGGUCCACAGCCCUGCAUCUUACUUCCUGUGUGAAAGAAAAUAGGACCAGGACUGGCAGCUAAGCUUACUUGGACUUGAUAUACACUGUGCGGACAGAAGGAGAGGCUGGAGGAGCAUUGUGAGCUGACAAGAGGAGUGGGCAUCCCUUUUUCUGUCCUCAUAAGAGCAGUGUUGUGCCCAUGGCUGUUGUCAUGGUUUGUGCAACGCCAGUGCCUGAUGGGGUCAGCUCAAGUGCCUUUUGGAGGAAGCUUGGGUGGGGUAGCCCAUGCAGCCCUUUUGUCUGGGAAGUUGGUCUUGGUUAUGGUUUGUGGCUACCUCACUGUCCUUGACAGAGGCAGCAGUUGAGCAGAGAGCUGUGGGUGUCAAGUGGACUGUCCCCUUGUGCCGUCUUAGAACAACUAAGGAUAGUGCAGAGUUGCCAACAACUGUUAGAGAUGCAAAUGUGACGGCCCUGAUGUGACUUGUGUGAUAGAGCCCCUUCCUGCCCAAAUCCUGUGGCGGUUCAAGUAGUGGAGGUGGAAGUCUGGUCUUCAGUCCCAAAGAACAUGAACUUGGCUUCCUCCCUGAUAGGCAUCCCUACCCAACAAGGUAGAGGAUGCCGCAGAGGAAGGAGCCUAAUGUCUGUUUUAUUCUUGACCUUAUUCUGUUCCGAACCCCAUCUUGUCUACCCCUGAGAAAGUGAUGAGGUGCGUGUCUUUGUCUGAUUUGUGGGUGUUUUGUGUAUUUGCUUGGAAGGGAUGAAAAUUAUUGAGCCAGAUUUAUUCGGCCACCAACUUAGAGGACAGAAAGCAUAGAGCAGCCUCCCCGCCCAGACCCGAAGGGUGCCUGCCUCCCAGAGGUUGCUGAGAACAAGGGGACCGAGGGGGUUUGUUCCAGAAGGAUUUUUUUGGGGUUUUGUUGUUGUUGUUUUUAGACUGAUUCAACAGUACUGCUUAGAGUGUUUCUAAGCCAGGACUUAUGGAUACGUAUUUUCUAAAGUGAAAUAACUCCCUUCCUGCUAAAGAAAGGAUCCUUAGGGAGGUUUUGGAAUUCCUUUGCGCACUGCCCCAUGCCAGGGGCCCUACUUCAGGUGUAAUCAUGGAGAUUGUCCUGAGCACACAUAGCUGUAGCUGUGAGUAGGAGUCUGAGAUGGCAGCCCAGCCUCCAACAAGUUCUUGCCUAGCAAAGAGAGCCAGGCAGCAACUUUUGGCUAUGGCCUCUCUCUUCCAGAGUGUUGAGGGACGGGACGUCAUACCUCUUGGGUUGAAGUACUUCAGGGAAAAAGAAGGGGAGAUGUUUCAACCUUCAGCUUGCGUCUGACACACCUGAGAGCCUUGGUGAGGUCAGAAAUGUUCACUGCCGUAUGUUCUAGCAUCAUGCUGUCCCUGCUGUUAGACAUGCUCUAGACCCUGUGACCCCUGGGCAUCUUUGCGCAUCUAAGGCAGACCAUUUCAUGUCAGAGGGUUCUGCUGGGCUGGGAUUUUUCUGUCAUUGAACUCUGGGAAAGGAUACACUAAGAAAGAAAUCCUCCCAAAAAUGCUUCUGGAAAUGGGAUCCUUCCCUGCUCCUAGAAGAUGAUCUGUGGGGAGAGGUAGAAGACUGACCCAGGCUUCUCCAUGUCUGGAUGUAUGUACUGGGGUAGAGCAGGCCCUGCAGGCCAUGGCUUCCUGCCCGAGUGGAAGCUGUAAGGAAGAGAACUUGAGGAUGUGUGUACAGAUGGCCCAGCCAGAACCACACUGCCAAGGUCUGGGUGUGAGAAGCCCAGAGGCUGGCAGUGGUAGAGGACAGACAGGCUCUGGGGUGAAGAGUAGUAGGAUACCCAAGGGCCCAAGAACCACAGAGGCUCCUGGGGUGUUGUGUUAGCACUGGACAGAUGUCUCAGGUGUGUGUAGAAGGGAGAAUGAAGAGCGGGCAGGUGCCCAGAGAUCCAGAUGUGAAGUGGGGUUGCGUGGGGAGAGUAACACCAGUCCCUGGGUGGCUCCUGUGCAGCCCUGCCGUCUGCCCUUGCUGGUGCCUGUCCUUUCGGUCCAUCACUCAGCUACUGAUUGUGCUCCAUGGCUUGACAUGGAGGGUUAGAUGGGUGGAGUCCCACCACAGCUCGGCCCUCUCCCAGGUUCCUCUGCCCCUGCUGUGGGCCUGGGCUUUUAUCUUCAAUUCCCCUCCUACCGUGCUCCACUUUUUUUUUUAAAUAUACUUAUUUUGCUAUGGGGGAGGGGACUAUCAAAUGAACAAGAUCACUUUUAAAUGGUAGUUUUUAUAAGAUGUUAUAAACUUGUAUCUUUUUACCAUUAAAGUGCAGUGUAUGUUCCUUCGUGUUCUAUUUAGGGUAUUUAAAUAAAAAGAAUGGCGCUUUUCUA